UUGCAUAUUGGUUUAUGUAAACGCCGUAUAAUGAGUUCAGUGGAUAUUUUUAAAAUAUGCCUUACUGUAGCAUUUAUUUGUAAGAAUUAUGCUGUCAAUUCUGAAGAAUAUAGUCCAGUGGUAACCAUUCCAGAUGGAAGCGUACGCGGGAUAGUCAACCAAACUGUAUCAGAAAAUGUAACGUACUACGCAUAUAGAGGAAUACCCUACGCGCAGCCACCGAUAGGAGACUUAAGAUUUGCAUCGCCAGUGGAGAACGAUGCAUGGACAGAUGUUUUAAACGCCACCAGCGAACCCAGCCAAUGUACUCAGAUAUCUGACUCAGAAGUAGUCGGUUCAGAAGACUGUCUUUAUAUCAACGUUUAUACCACCAAUCUAAAUUCAAGUCUUCCUGUUAUGGUCUAUAUCUAUGGAGGUGCUUUUGUUUCUGGAUCUACAAAUAGUUCCGGUACUCCCGAUUACCUGCUUGAAAAAGAUAUUGUGUUCGUAAUUUUCAACUACCGAUUGGGUGUUUUCGGAUUCCUCAGUACUGAAGAUACGGCUCUUCCUGGCAACUUAGGAAUAAAAGAUCAAAUACUGGCACUCAAAUGGGUGCAAAAUAAUAUCGAAUAUUUCGGAGGGGAUCCAGAUAAAGUAACAAUUUUCGGAGAGAGUGCUGGUGCUGCAUCUGUUUCUUACAUAUUAACUAAUAGCAAUACAAGUGAUUUGUAUCAGAAUGCGAUCAUGCAGAGCGGCACUGUGUUGUGCCUUUGGACCUUAGCUCGAAACGCAAGCGUUAAGGCUUUUAAAUUAGGAACAUCGUUGGGCAUCAUUACUGACAAUUCCACUUACUUAGUGGAACAGCUUCGCGAAGUUGACUACAAAGAACUAAAAUCCGCUGAAAAUACACUAACGACAUUGAUUGAGGCAGCGGGAGGUAUUGUAGCUGGCCUUCCAUUCGCUGUCGUUAUCGAACCGGACAUUGAUGGAGCUAUUGUAACUGGCAGAUCUUACGAAAAACUCUUAAAUGGAGAUUACAACACGGUACCUGUUAUAGUCGGAUUCAAUUCUUUCGAAAUGGAAAACAUAACCAAUACAUUUUUAGUCAAUAUAAUUGCCAGCCAAUUCGAAGUAGAACUUUGGAGACUGGCCCCCUACGACCUGACUUCUAGCUUCUUGUAUAGAACGUCAGCAGGGACCAUCGUAAGAAAUUAUUUUUUCGGCAUUCUCCCCAUUGCUGUCCAAUCAGAAGCCAUAGCUAACUUUGCAACAGUGGAUCAGUUUGAUAGACCAAUUCGAGAAACUGUCGACCUUAUGUCCCAGCAUAACGAUGUUUAUUAUUACGAAUUCUCGUAUGCGGGUAACUUGGGUAGUCCAAAUAGGACUGACGCAGGCGUUGCGCACGCUGAAGACGUAAACUAUAUAUUCGUCACUUCAAACGAUGAAUAUGCUACCGAUGAAGAUCAACUUACAAGGCAAAGAAUAAUAACUCUCUGGACAAACUUUGCCAAAACUGGCGAUCCCACAUCGUCUGAUCCCCUGAACGUUCUUCAGAACAUCACUUGGACACCAAAUAACUCAGAAACAAACACCUCAUCCGCUGUAAAUUAUUUGGACAUUAACAGCACGCUCUCGAUGGGAACCAAUCCAAAACAAACCGGAUGGGAGUUCUAUUUAAAUGAAAUAUACAGCGUCUACGGAGAUUCUUCUUAUUAUACAACAUACUAACUGUUUAAAUAAACGAUUUCCAACAUA